AUGGAGAAACGACAGGCCAAUGGUCCGUGGAGCCUAUAUGCAUAUGGCAGCAAUAUCGACGGGCUGUCUAUCUUCUAUGCAGACGGCCAAGCUCAGAUCGGUAAUCUGGCACUGUCAAACGCAGACUCCAAGUUCGCGGUUUCUUUGACGUUUGGUGACAACCAAAACACCUGGGUUGCUCACCCCGAUACAACAACCACUACGAACACUACUGAGUCUGCAUUCACCACAGCUGGUGUGACCUCCAGCACCAAUCUACUGGGAUUGAGCGAUACUGGCUUAAUGGCUUGUCCAGUUAUAUUUACCACCCUGAGCGGCCAGGCAAACAAUAACACAGUUGCUGUGAACACGAGCAGUGUGUCGGCACCACAAACCAACGUAUGGACUUUGUAUGGAAAAUAUGUUAUGUGCAGCCAGGACAACAUCAACUUCUACGCCCAACCGACAGGAUUAGAUGGAUGGUAUAUCUUGCUAUGGAGUGCAACGGCAGAUGCAGCUCUUAGGAAUAUCCCUGUGACUCUGAGAACCAUUGGCCCUGCCUCUGGCUAA